AUGACAACAAAAAAAGAAACGGCCUGCAACUUUAGACGAGAGAGUAAGAGGAGUAACAAGAUGGAGGCGGAGACUAAAAAGAUGGAUUGUUUAUUGUUCCAAGUUCUGAUCAAAAGUUUCGGCUGGGAAAUUUUCUUGUCUUACGUCUGUGGAGCGAUCUCAGAGCUUUUAAAUUUUGCUGGGCUGCUGAUUUUUAGAGAGCUAAUCCGACACGCUGAAGAAAAGACGCCAGAACCAACCUGGUAUGUUUACUUUCUCUCCCUGGCCAUGCUGGUCGCAUCUUGGUGCCAGACCAUUUUCCAUCACCAACAUCUUCAACUCGCUAUGACAUCAGGGAUGAGGAUGAAAACAGCUCUCAUGGCGGCCGUUUAUAAAAAGAUCUUAUUUGUAAAGACAAAACAUCAAGAACAGAGAGGGGAGAUCAUGCUAUUAAAUGACUGUGAGAAUGUGCAGGAUUUUAUGAGUUAUUCUUCCAUGGUGUUGUCAAUGCCAUUACAGAUAUUAUUGGCAACUUAUCUGCUAUGGAACACUGUUGGUCUCCUGGCUUUGUCUGGUGUGGGUUUGUUCCUGCUACUUGUGUUUCUUGCUAGCUUUCUGGCUUACCUACAGGAUCAACUACAUGUUAAAGAUGUGUCAUUGAAGAACGAAAUAACUAAGAUGAAUAUGCACACAUUGAAUGUUUGUAAAAACAACACACAAUGGACAAAUGGCACACUUAGGCAGAGAAAAGAUAACGCCUGGACCAAAUUAGCUGGGAUAAAAGCUGUCAGAAUUUUUAUCAAUACUGCUUGGCCUUAUGUGGUGUGCCUGGCAACUUUUGCUGCACAUUUCGCUAUUUACCCAGAGCAGCCAUUAACUGCUGAAAAGGCAUUUGUGACUAUUGCAGUAUUCAUUUAUUUGCAAUAUCCUAUUGAAGUUAUUCCAGAGAUUGUCUCAGCCACCUCAAAGGCAGCUGCUUCAAUGAUGAGAAUAGAGGAAUAUUUAUGCAGGGAAGAACUUGAUGAUUCAUAUGACAAUAAGCUUGAUCGUAAUGGCACUAAAAGCUAUUGUUAUUAA